AUGAAGCUCAACAAGCGGAAAGUUCUCAAGUUCGCAAAGGCUCGCGUAAGCGUCGCAUUCUUCGGGGCCCUUAAGCUCUCUGAUGAAUGCUGGAAGAUGAGAGAUGAGGCUAUGAAGCAGGAUGAUACUGUUACUAAUGGUGAAGGUGCUGAUGACUGGGAUUUUAUCUGUCUGCCCAUUCCUGGGGAUGAAGACGGUAGCUUUUGUGGCGAGUUUGAGGAUGACGAAGCGGAUGAGGAUGAUAACAAGGAUGAGGAAGAGGGAGAAGGAGAAGCAGAAGGCGAGACUGCGAGUAAUGCUGAGAAGGAGAAUGAUAAAAAGUCUUUCGACAAGCUCGCAUCACUUCACCCGGACUGGCCUUGGUUCUUCACCAUGAGUGGUGUAGAUCGCUUUAAGUGGUGGCAGCAAGAGUGUCUCAAGCGCAUCCAGGACGACUUCGGCUUCCUCGUCCACAACUACAUUGGAGUUUAG